CACACCACUGGUUGCCACCGUCACCACGCACGCCGCUGCAUGUCAACAGAUCAUUAAGAUAGAUUUUUGUGUUUCAUGUGACCUUAAAGUUUAUACACUGCAAUCACGCCUUCUUGCAGCCUGUGAUUUCCGUCUAACACUCAAACCAAGUUAAUUUUUGAUUUUUGGUAAUCAUGGUUUAGUCUCACGUCGUGAUUGGGGAAAGAAGAGGCGUGCUCUCUUCACACACAAGGGUCGAACUCAAGAAAUACGAAUAAUCAACUUAUGCAAAGAAUUGUUCAUGGUAACUUCAACACAUCUGUGUAGCAAAAUUUGGUAAAUUUUGUGAAAUAAAUGAGAAGAAUAAGCUUUUAAUACACUCUGCUUUCAUAACACAAUCCACUUUACCAUCUAUGAAUUACUUGUAGGGAAACAACAUAUCUGAAUUACCAAAUUCUCAACCAAAAUCCUUUCUCAUCAAUUUAAUCCAUAUCAAGCUUAUUCAAUAAAUGCUUCAUCUCCUUAUCUCUAUAUAUGCUUCAUCUCCUUAUCGAGAUCAUUAGGAACCAAUGGAUGCAUUCAACUUUCAAAUGUUUGGAUCGACGUUCGGACAUUCAUCUCAACAAGUUUCUUGCUUGACCUCGGCUGAUAACGGGCUUCAAAUGAAAGGAAAUGGUAGGAAGACUAAGGGCAGAAGGAAGGGUAGCAAAAGUUGUCGGAAAAGUCUAAUCGUUAAAGGACAAUGGAAUUCCCAAGAAGACAGGUUGUUGGUGCAGUUGGUGAAGCAGUAUGGGGACAGCAAAUGGUCCAGGGUUGCGGAAAAGCUUCCCGGAAGGAUCGCCAAGCAGUGCCGAGAUAGAUGGCAAAACCAUCUGAGGCCAGAUAUUACGAAAGAUGCAUGGUCCGAGGAAGAAGACAAGUUACUGAUUGCGAUUCACAAAGAAGUUGGAAACAAAUGGUCAGAAAUAGCAAGGAGGUUACCAGGUAGGAGCGAAAACACCAUAAAAAACCACUGGAAUGCUACCAAAAGGCGCCAGCUGUCAUCCCGGAGGCGUGGCAAAACAAAGUGCCAGUCCCUCUUGCAAGAGUACAUCAGGAGUGUCCCUUCAUCAUCUUCUUCUUCUUCAUCUGAAGAUCAGAUCAAUAUCAAACGUAACGCUGAUAAUAAUUCACAGGUUGUUAUUGCACCAAUCGCACCAAUCACGUCUCUGCAAACAAGCUUCUCGUCUGGUGUGACUGCGACGUUUUCAUCUUCUAUAGAGGACUAUGGUUUAGGUGCGAUGUUUGGUUACAUACCAGGCGCGCCAGCGGUCAACGAGAGCUGUUUUGAGUUUGACCCUGUGCCAUCUCAUUUGACUAGUCAGUUGGAGUUUGAUUUCCAGAAAGAGAUGGAUUUUCUGGAGAUGCUUUAUCAAUAAAAGUCUUUUAACUGUUUUC